CCAUUUUCACGGUACAGUUCGUAGUCGUACUCCUAGCGCUGCUUCGGCUGCUUCCACUUCAAUCUUCUUUCAUUCAUUCAUUCACUCACUAGUCACACUAUAUAUAACAACUCAUCAUUCGCUAACCCACAUUCUCACCAAAAACACCAUAUCAUUUCUCUGCUUUCUAUUUUCUAUUUAUAUUUAUCCUCACGCUUUGCUCAUUCAUUGGCUCACCAACCGUUACUUCAUUUUCUUUGUUGUCUUAGCGUCAUGUAACUUCCUCAUCUUCUUCUUGUGACUCUGGUAUGCUCCAUUCUCCUUGCAAAACACACAAAGUUUUAAGUAAUUUUGAGUUUUUAUUAUUAAAGCACCCUUUUUCUUUCCUCAUUUUGUUCCAAAGUUACUCGAAAGUGUUAGUUUCGAUCAACUGCGCCAUCUUCCUCGUGUAAAUGUGUAACCGCUCUGUUAUCCUCAAAUGCUUCUGAAAUUAUAACUAAUGCAUGUGGCAAUGAUGAGUUUCCGUUAGAAAUUUAUGUUCAUUUAAUUUGUGUUUAGUUUGGUGGGUGUGUCAUGUAACUUGGAUACAGGUUAGCGAAACUUUCCAUCACCCUGGUAACUAUUAGAAGAGUUGUGCAAUCCGUGUCGUUUUGGUUCAAUUACUAACUCAUUUUGUUAUUAAGAUAAUAUGAUCUAUUCAUUCUUCCUAUUGUUCUAUGAAAUGUAAAUUAUCCAAGUUGGUUCAUUUAUUUAUUUCCCUCAAUCAUGACAAAUGGAUAUCCAUUUCCCCUGCUUUCCUCUUUAGGAAGAGUAUGGCAUAUAGGGUUCUGGUUUCUUAGCCUAAACUUUUGAUUGAGUUUUUUUUUUUCCAAAUGUACAACUUUGAUCACAAUUUUUGUUUCUCAAGUCCUUUGAAGUGAUUCGUUAUCUUAGAAUCACAUAUUCUGUUUCAUUUCAUUGUACUAUAACGGAUAAAGACCUUCAUGGAAGAAACAUUUGUUCCCUUUCGCGGGAUCAAGAAUGAUCUCAAAGGAAGAAUUCUCUGCUAUAAGCAAGAUUGGACCAGUGGAUUCAAGGCAGGCAUCAGGAUCCUUGCCCCAACUACAUACAUAUUUUUUGCAUCAGCUAUUCCUGUUAUCUCUUUUGGGGAGCAAUUAGAGAGAAAUACUGAUGGAACUCUAACUGCAGUGCAGACCCUAGCAUCGACUGCGCUAUGUGGCAUCGUCCAUGCAAUCCUUGGAGGGCAACCUCUCCUCAUUCUAGGUGUAGCUGAGCCAACUGUUCUGAUGUAUACAUUCCUAUACGAUUUUGCAAAGGAUAGAAAAGAUUUGGGGCAAAGGCUGUUCCUCGCUUGGGCUGGAUGGGUAUGUGUUUGGACCGCCUUAUUGCUUUUUUUGUUGGCCAUCCUUGGUGCAUGCUCUAUUAUUAACAGAUUCACACGCCUUGCUGGUGAACUAUUCGGUCUGCUGAUCGCAAUGCUCUUCAUGCAGCAGGCCAUAAGGGGGCUAGUGGAGGAGUUUGGUGUACCACACCAAAGAGAAGGUAUCAAUCAGAUUGCACACGAAUCCUCUUGGCUGUUUGGGAAUGGAAUGUUCGCCUUGGUUUUGUCAUUUGGCCUUCUGUUUACUGCAUUAAGAAGCCGUAAAGCUAGAUCGUGGCGUUAUGGCACAGGUUGCUUGAGGGGAUUUAUAGCUGAUUAUGGAGUUCCUCUUAUGGUUCUUAUGUGGACUGCGGUGUCUUACAUACCGGCUAAUAAUGUUCCAAGGGGAAUCCCAAGGCGACUUUUCAGUCCAAAUCCAUGGUCUCCUGGUGCAUACACAAAUUGGACUGUAAUCAAGGAUAUGUUGAAUGUCCCUCUUAUUUAUAUAAUUGGAGCAUUUAUACCAGCAACUAUGAUUGCUGUGCUUUACUACUUUGAUCACAGUGUUGCAUCCCAACUUGCUCAGCAGAAGGAAUUUAAUUUAAGAAGACCCUCUUCUUAUCAUUAUGAUCUUCUUCUCUUAGGCUUAUUAACCAUAUUGUGUGGACUUAUUGGAAUCCCUCCUUCCAAUGGUGUUAUUCCUCAAUCUCCAAUGCAUACGAAAAGCUUAGCCACUCUAAAGCAUCAGCUUUUGCGGAACAAACUUGUAUCUAGUGCACGAAAAAGUAUUCAGAAAAACCUGAACCUGAGUCAAUUAUACCGAAAUAUGCAAGAAGCAUAUGAUCAAAUGCAAACUCCAUUAUCCCACCAAAUGCCCCCUUCAUUGGGGCUAAAGGAGUUGAAGGAAUCUACAAUUCAACUAGCCUCAAGUCACGGAUAUAUUGAUGCCCCUGUAGAUGAGGUUGUUUUUGAUGUGGACAAAGAUGUUGAUGACCUUUUGCCUGUUGAAGUUAAAGAACAGCGACUAAGCAAUCUGCUACAAGCAAUGCUGGUUGUGGCAUGUGUCGCAGCCAUGCCUCUUUUGAAGAAGAUACCAACUUCAGUGCUCUGGGGUUACUUUGCUUUCAUGGCAAUUGAAAGCUUGCCAGGAAAUCAAUUUUGGGAGAGAAUAUUAUACCUGUUCACUGCUCCAAGCCGAAGAUAUAAAGUUCUGGAGGAACAACAUGCUGCCAAUAUUGAGAUUGUGCCAUUCAAAACUGUCGUCAAGUUUACCUUGUUCCAGACAGCUUACUUGCUUCUCUGCUUUGGUCUAACCUGGAUACCAAUUGCCGGGGUCCUUUUCCCAUUGUUAAUCAUGCUUCUCAUCCCUAUAAGGCAAUAUUUCCUUCCUAAGUUUUUUAAAGGAGCUCAUCUUCAAGAUUUGGAUGCUGCAGCGUACGAGGAUAUGCCUGCUAUUCCUUUCAACUUUUUGUUUGAAGAUUCAAAUAUUGAGGCAACAAAUUUCAACACUAAUGGUGGGGAAAUUCUUGAUGGAAUUAUCACAAGGAGUCGUGGGGAAAUUCGCAUCACACAAAGCCCAAAAACAUUAAGUUCAACUCCAACACCUUCUAGUGAUAUUAUACCUGCUAAUGGAAAUACCUCAAAGCAUACACAGCCCUCAAGUAACUGAAUUGAGAGGGUAAAAAGCAGCAUAGGAUGAACCAUGAAGCAGAGUAAACUGAAAGAAACUACUUGUUCAUGGCAUUUGAUUUGUAGGGGCGUUUAACUAAUUUCGAGUUAAAAAUAUCAUUAUGAGCUUCAUUCAUGUAACAAAAGUAUUGGAUCUAAACCUGUCUUGGGUUUAUUUUAUGUAGUUUACGUUAUUAAGAUUCAAUGAAGAGAUUAGUAAAUUCCUUUUUAGUCUUACAAA